AUGUCAGCUUCGGCCAAUGUCAGACCGCAGGCGAUUCGCAGGAGGUCGAGAUUACCAGGAGGCUUCGAGACAGAGGACGAAUCAGCAUCCGAGGCCGGUGAUGACAAUAUCGAUAGAGAUGGAAGCGUCAUUCACGCCUCUUCUCCACAUUUAUCUGGCGAACACAGCAGUUUGCUCCCCUCCUAUUCCGAAAAUGCCAAUGCCGUUGCUGGGAACAGCACGAUCCUAGAUGAGGGAGAAAUGAACAAGAAACUCAUGGAUGUGGAAUCGAGUUUUAUCCCUGAUAUCUCGCACAUAGUCGAGAGUGAGCAAGGCACCAGAAGCACGUUCACUUCUGAAGAUCAGGAAGAUGACCUGGCAAGGGACAGGGCAUCUUCACCUGCAGGCACUUCGGGCAUUUCUAUGGGCAUGAAGAGUGAGACAUCGAAUGAAGACAAGCGUGAUUUUCGGUCGCCUCAGACACCACCAGGCGCCUACAAGACUCCAGCUCCUGAACAGCAGGCAGGCCAGCAUGUCAAGGAAGAGGAGAUAACAACCCCAGUACCUCAUAAUAUUUCGUCGCUGGAGACCAUGUCCUCCUCGCCGACCGCAGCAGCAGCGGCUAGGACUGUUUCGAGGGUCAUAUCGCAAACCACGUUGGGCGGCUACGAAACAGCUGACGAAGACGAAGGUCGUGUGUCACCAACAAAAAGCAUAUAUCAUAAUAGCAUCGAAAACUUAGAAUCUGCCCCACAAAGACCUGGCAUGGAUGGCAGUGAACCAAAAAUUCCACCUUUAAGUGAUGGCAAUUACGAUUCAAAAGAAUCUCUUUCACAGCAUCCGGAUCAAUCUAAGAGACCCAAAUACCUUAGUAGGCGUCAGUCUAGUCAACGAUUCUCUUACUCUUCUCUUACGAGCUCCAACACGGAGACUGGGAGUGAUGCGACGUUGGGGGCCGAUUACGCCCUUCAGUCAGGAGGAGCCCGUCCAGAACCUCGAUUGCAGCGCAAAGCGAAAAUGACUCUGUCAAGGUCGACGAGCCUAGGAAGCAUUGCAUCAGGACUUUCGGCGCUGAGCGAAGGCGAGGAAACAAAAAGUCGUAGAGCAGUUACUGGCGCUACAGAUCUAAGCACGUUGAACGAGGAGAGCCCCCUACUAAACAAGCAGCGUAGCAUAGGUGAGGGUUAUCUGACCCCAAAACCAUCAUUGCGGGACCUGGAUAUGCCAAUGGAUACAGUAAUAGCAAAUAACAUACGCGACAUUGAGAUUCCGGGGACAUUUGCGAAGCAAUAUCGUCAAAGUCACAGAGACACCUCGCCCGACAAAAACACGGCGGGAAUACCUCCCGGCCCUGCACGAAUGUCAAAGAGUCUCACCUUAAAAGAACAUCGGAGUACAGUGGAAAGACUGGGAAAGGAGAACUUCGACCUCAAAAUGAAGAUACACUUUCUUGACCAAGCGCUGCAAAAACGGUCUGACGAUAGCGUCAAGGACAUGAUUACGGAAAAUGUCCAACUGAAGUCCGAUAAGUUGAGACUGGAGCGGGACAAUCACUCCCUUCGAAAGCAGAUACGAGAUCUAGAGAAAAGGCUCAAGGAAGAAGAUGCUCCUACAGCAGAUCAGGGGUAUGCUACAGAUGAAGAAAGGUCGCCUACAACUGAAGAAGAAGUUAUCUAUCUCCGCGAUAGGGUGGAGAACUUUGAGGUUGAAAUUGAGAAGUUGCGAUCAGAAACUAUUGCCAAAGAGACCGAGAAGAGAAGACUUGCCGAGUUAGUACGAUCCUUAGGCGAGACACGGGCUGCAGGCUCUGAUGUAGGCUCAAGAGAGGAGCGGGAUAUGUGGAAGGAUAUGCUUGAAGCCGAAACUGCUGCCCGGGAGCAGUCUGAAGAGGACAACAAGAAGCUUCGAGAUGAGAUUUUCCGGAUGAAGAACGAUGCUUAUGGGCCCACUCGGUCGGCUCUUGGGAAGAACAAUCGGCUUCAUUCUUCAAUGUCACACUCGUCUGCAUCAGAUUUAGGCCACCAUAGUAGUAGCAAAGCUCCUACAAAUGUCGCUGAGCUUGAGCGCUUGCAGCAUGAAAACUCGGAGCUACAGAAAACCAUCAGCGCACAGGUGUCAACACUCACAUCAAGGAACAAGGAAAAGGAGCGUCUUUAUCAAGAAAUCGAAGACCUCAAGCUGGGACGUUUGGGCGUCAACGGGGUGAGAUCUGUGGCAGGGGAUAGCAUUUUCGAGAGGUCUGCCUCCCAAGCCAGAUCGCAUUCGCGUACGAGCAACGCCACCCGAUUAUCACGUGUCAGUGACGCUGAAAGAGAGGCAUUCGAGCUUAAGAUUGGAGAACUCCGUGAUCAAGUGUCAGAAUUGCGACUGGAGAACCAGAGUCUGAAGACCCAACUUGACGAGGUAUGUGCCGACUUGGAUGCUGUUGAAGGUCAAGCACAAACAUAUGUCGAUCAGUACAACGAGGAAAUACAGCUUUUGACUCUCCAGCGUGAUGAUGCUGAGCGUGCCCUUGAAGAAUCUGAGGACGCAUUCCAAGUCUUAAAAACAGAGGCGCAGGAAGAGAUUGAUGGUUUGGGGGAUGAACUCGAUCAGAAACUUGAAGAAUACAGCCGUCUAGAAGAGGAUUUACACGCGCAGGAAGAGAACUUUAAGGCUUUGCAAGCUGAGAUGCGAUCAGCAUCAGAAGGAAUCAUCCGCUUGGAGGAAGAUGCUCAGAAUAAUCUGACUCGCUAUAAGACGGUACAGUCAGAGCUGAACGAUGCCAAUCGAGAGCUCGAAAAUGUGGAGAAAGAACUGGAAGAAGCCAAUGCCAAGAUUCAACGACUGACCGUUCAGCAAGAAUCUUCACACAAUGAGAUUGCCUUUCUGCGAGAAGAACAAGAUGCUGAUAAGAUCAAAAUUGGAGAUAUGGAAUCGGUGCUGAAAGCAACCCAUCUGUCCCUCAGCACCGAAAAGGAUCGUUCCAGAGACCUUGAACGUCGUCUGUCUGAAGAACGGCGUCAGCAUGAAGCUAUUGGCAAUAAAGAACAAGAGGUGCAGCGAGUUGUGAAUGAUUUGAACCGAGAAGCCGGCGCGGCUAAGGAAGAGAUACGUCGUUUGAAGAAAGCCUUGUCAACCCGUGAGAUUGAGUCAACGACAUGGCGUGAGCGUUUGAUGGAGCUUGAAAACAAUCUUCGAGAAUUGCUGGGUGAUACUAAUGGCACUCGAUCCAGCUUGCUCACUUCCGUCACGAAGCUUCAAAAAGAUCUUGAUGCUACUAGUGGCGAGCUGGACAUGACCAGGCAAAGACUUGAUGAGAAGGAAACGCUUCUGGCGAAUCGAGACUCGUUGCUCGAAUCUUCAGGACUGGAAUGCCGCAAAAUGGCUGAACUUCUGGAUCGGGAAAGACAGGCUCGUCGUGCUGACAAACAUUCGUUUGAGCAGGCCUUAAAAUCUCACUCAGCUUCUGCCAGAACCAUCACCCAAAACAACGCUCGUAUUACAGAUCUAGAAAACAGCAGGCAAUCAGAUCGACGUCGCAUGAGUCAGCUUGAUCAACAAUACAAGGAUCAGCUCAGUGAACGUAACAGCGUGCUUUUGACCAUCUGGAAAAGACUGAGUGCCAUGUGCGGACCAGACUGGGCACACAGCAACAGCCUGAUCAACGGCAAUCUACCGAGUCAAGAAGUGAUUGGGAACAUGCUGUUCUGGCCUGGAUUCAGUCGAAAUCUGCUAUUGGCCGCGAAGCAGGUUGAAGGAACACUGGGCUCUUUUAGGGAUCGCAUCAAGCGGCUCGAGCGUGAUUUAUGGAAAGAGUACCAGAAUCUUGAGCAUACGAUGGAGCUGCGGAUCAAGAAGCUUGAACGAGUUGAGGAGCUUUUCAACAAUUUGAAGAGCUCGCAGGUGCCUAACAUGCAGAGUACAGGCCGAGGGACAAGCUCACCAGAGAUGCAGAAACUGAAAGGCGAGAAUCGGAUUCUAAAGGCAGAACUUUCCCUUCUUCAACAACAGCACUCGAAUGCUCAGCUACGUCCUCAGCAUUCUCGGACCCAGUCACGAAACUCUAUAGUUUCUGAUGGACCCUCCUUUACACCGUCCCUUUCUGGGACUACGGUUCCAGCACGGGGCUCAAGUACCCGUCAUGCUGGAGCUGCCAGUGCCUCAGCAGCAAUGGCAGCAACAUUGAUGCGUCACCAUAGCUCAAACGUUGUAGAGCAUAUUUCUGGCGGGUUGAAUGGGAGUGAUUACGGGGGAGGAAGUCGACGAAGCGACUCCGUUACUUCGAGAACAUCUAACAAUCGGGGCGAGCUUAUGAUUCCCGCCUUUCAUCAACGAGAUGAUGCCUCUACUUCGUCUACUGGUGGACAUGACAAGUGGAUCCAUCGGUUGCGGGAAUUGGAGCGAAGGUUGAAGGCGGAGAGAGAAGCUAGAUUGUUGGAUCGCAGCGGGGCGCGCAAAAGGCUGGAGGAGCGUGAUGCCGUGAAUGAAGAGUUGAGAAUGGAAUUGGAGAGGGAGAGGAUGCGAAGGGAGACAGGACUGUUGGUGGCGGGUGAAGAGCAAUAA